AUGUCCAGUAGUACCGAUGGGGUCGCGGGCGUCUCGGCCUCGGCAGCCUCCCCCUCCGAAAAAGACGCGAGGCUAACCACCACAUCUGCAGCCCAUGCAUCCGGGUCCACGCCGAAGCUGCGGAGCUGUGUCGUAUGCCGCCGCCGCAAGGUGCGCUGCGACAAGGCCAACCCGUGUUCCAACUGUCGGAGGGGAAAUAUCGCCUGUGUCUUUCCUUCCAACGACCGCCCGCCGAGGUGGGCCCGACGGCUUGAGCGCCUCACCAACGAUGCCGCCGCCAACCCGUCCCCCUCGUUGUCUUCUGGGACAGCAGCAACCGCAGCACCUCAGGCCCAUCCUGUUCAGCCGCAACAACAUGUCAUGGAGAGGCUGCGGACCCUUGAGGGCCUCGUAAGAGAGCUGAGCAGCCAGCUGGAGCAGGCCAGUGCCGUCGCGUCUGCGCCUGCGUCUUCAGGGAACUCGCCAGGCAGUACUACUGGUAGCCACGGCCAGGAUGCUGGCGGUGGUGAGUUGCCGUCUAUUGCGGGUACUGCUGGACUUCAGAAGCAGUUUGGGAGGAUGGUUCUCAAGGAUGCCAACAGAAGCCGGUACAUCAGUUCCGGCUUCUGGUCUCGAGUCGAUCUUCAUGGCCUCAAGAUGGACCUCGCAGGCAACGACUCGGACUCGUCAGACGACGACCAGCCUCAAGGGCUCACGCCGUCCACUCAAGAGCUCGACAGGACGCCCUCGGAGCGACAUGGGUUCCUCUUUGGGCACAACCUGGGCCCGUCCAGGGUAGACUCGCGCGAGUUCCACCCGCUGCCGUCGCAGAUCCCUUUUCUCCUCAACACCUACUCGGAGAACGUCAACCUCUUCACGCAGGCUGUGCACAUGCCCACCCUGACCAAGGUGGUGCGUGACCUGCGCGGGACGGAUGCGUCCAACCUUGCGCCUGCCGACGAGGCUCUGUUGUUUGCGGUCUACUACGCCGCCGUGACCUCAAUGGAGGAAGACGACGUAAUCAACAAUUUCGGCACCACAAAGGGGGAACUCAACCUCAAGUUCCGCCUGGGUCUCGAACAUGCCCUCGCCCGAGCUGACUUUCUCAACGUCCCCGACCUGAUUGUGCUUCAGGCCUUUACCGUCUUUCUUGCCCUCGCCCGCCGUCAUGAUAGUCCUCGGUUUGUGUGGAUGAUGGUCGGGCUCGCCAUCCGAAUCGCGCAGGCUCUUGGCUUGCAUCGAGACGGCUCCCACUUCAAGCAUCUGAGUCCGUAUGAAGUUGAAAUGCGAAGGAGGGUCUGGUGGACUAUUUGUAUGGUAUAUGUACGAGCCUCCGAGGAUCAAGGCACAGACUACACCAUCGCAGCAGAAAGCUUCGAUACCAAAUUCCCUCUCAACAUCAACGACGCCGACAUCAGCCCCGAGACCAAAGAAACGCCCACACCCCGCGAGGGCAUGACCGACAUGACAUUCCCCAUCGACAUCUUCAAGGUCUGCGACGUCACCAGGCGCAUGAUGGCCCUGGGCGGCAGACAGGGCGCCCCAAGCCUCGACGACCAGCGGCGCCUGCUGGACGAGCUCGCGGCCACGGUCGAGUCGAACUACUUCGAGUACGCAGCCGCCAAGGCACAGAUUUCCUUGUGGGUGGGCACCACCUGCAUCCACCUCGUCGUGUCCAAGAUGUCCCUCAUGAUCUACUUCCCGACGCUGUUCGCCUCCCCCAGCGAGCAGAGCUCGACCGAGAUCCGCAACAAGCUGCUCGUGGACGCCCUUCAGAUCGCAGAGUGGAACCACGCCCUCAACGCGGCGCCCAGCGCCCGCCAGUGGCGCUGGAUGUACCAGACCUACACCCACUGGCACGCCGUUGUCUUCCUCCUGAUCGAGGUCGCCCACCGCCCGCUGUCACCCCUUGUCGAGCGCGCCUGGCUUGCCCUGCACAGCGUCUGGCUGAUCCCUGCGAGGCCCGAUGUCGACUUCAAAAAGCUGCAGAUCUGGGUGCCCCUCCGCAAGCUCAUGGCCAAGGCGCGCAGACACAGGGCGGAGGAGAUUGAGAGGUUGAAGGGAGACGCGCGGGCGGCGGAGAUGCUGGAGGUCGAGGAUGGCAAGAUGCCCUCUCCGGCGAGCUCUUGUCCGUUUUAUUCAGAGGAGGGGCUGCGCGAGCACUGGCGUGGUCUCCUCAGAGGCGAGGCUUCAGCUGGGAACACGACGAGCGCCCAGACAAGGACGACAACGACGACGCAGUCAUCUUCUUCUGGCGCAAGCCUCAAGACGGGAACAACCCUUGAUGAUCGGGCACUCGAAGAGACUGCUGCCCAGCAGCACUACCUCGGCGCCAAUAACAAUUCCAUGUAUGGGCCGCCUCAGUCGCUUUCGCAGUUCAACGUCGAGGCAGUUUAUCAGAACUCAAACCCUUCGCCCGGCAUCGAUGGCAUGCACCAAAAUACCGGUCCGGCGUCUGGGGAGGCGCUGCCGCCGUCGGUUUUUCAGAACUCAGCUCAAGCCUGGGCUGGGUCACCUUUUCUCUGGGCUGACGCAGAUCCGGUGGCCGAUGUCUUUGGUGAUGUCGACGUGCAGAUGGAUAUUGACAGCCUGGGGGAAAGUUAUUGGUUCAACUGGGCCAGGAAUAUGGAGAGCACUGGUAAUCAGGGUGGGUUUCAGUAGACGGCGUGCGCACCGUAACGUUAUGUUGAAGCAGUAAUGCGGCCAAUUUUUUUCAAGGAGUUGAGAUAACGAUGUUGAACGUUCCGUCGUUGGCCAUUGUGCAUUGAUGGUGGUAAUUUAAAGCUUUUUUUUUUUUUUUUCUAUAUCCCUUUUUCCUUCUCUCUUGACGAUGUUACUACGAGAGUUCCAGGGGAUCCUUGUGCCGAUAUAAUAUUCCGCCGAGGUAAGAGGCAGUUCGGUGAUAUAAACCGCCCCUUGUCGAG